ACGGACAUAGGUACAUUUAUGCAAAUAUUGCUCAUCACAGACGAUAAUUCGCUGCCUUGCCUAUCGUAAUAUUGACCGCACUAAACUCAAACACUCUGCCCGUGGAAAACAUCGGAAUCCUGUUUAUUCCCAUAGAGAAUCAAAACUGACCACGUCUGCACAUUCCACAAUGAGCAAAGUAACCUUCAAAAUCACGCUAACUUCGGACCCUAAGCUUCCCUUUAAGGUGCUCAGUGUUCCGGAGGGAACUCCCUUUACGGCUGUGCUGAAAUUCGCCUCUGAGGAGUUCAAGGUUCCGGCGGAGACGAGUGCCAUCAUCACGGACGAUGGAAUUGGCAUUAGCCCACAGCAGACUGCUGGUAAUGUGUUCCUAAAGCACGGAUCCGAGCUGCGCCUCAUACCCAGAGAUCGAGUGGGCCACCAACUAAGCUAGUUUUCCUAAUCCCUUCUUAUUUACCCUUUGAGAUUUUGACCCUUUUUUAUGCUUAUUAAAUGUUAAACAGUGUACCCGAUAAUAA